AGAUGGAAUUUGUUAGAAGGCAGCAGUUGAUUAGAUUGGUAGCUGUGGGGUAACAUUGGGGGUUCCUGGAGCUAGCCUUCCUUGGGCAAAGGAUGCCCUGAAAAGUCCAUUUAAGUAAAUGUUACUUUAAUGUUACAUGUAAGUAAGGUUCGUCAAUCAUGGAAACAAUAUUUUAACCAUAAUGGAUGGAUUUCUGAUCAUAUGUUUGUUGGUGAGUGUUGGGAAGCAAAUAUGCCAGAUUUUUUUAUUUUGUGGUGCCCAGUUAGGUAAACGGCAAAAUGUUCCAGAGUGACUUGCUUUACAGAUGAGUUUUAUUUUCUGAACAGGAUGAUGCUUCUCAAAUGCCAUCAGGAAUAACAGACCUUGUCAGCGCUCCACUGGUAUCAACAGAGGUGUGUGUUUUUUCCAGGAUAGUGGUAAAACUAGUUAAAGAGUCAAAAAUGUGUGCUUUAAAAUAUUAUUUAUCUCAUUAAAUACUAAGGGCCAGUGGUUAUUUAAAUGGAGUUUAGUCUGAGUGCAGUUUAACAAAACUAUGUUCUAGGCCAUUUUCAGUUUGCUGAAUGCUUUUAUGUAAACACCAUUCAUUGCGAACAGUUUCAUGAAACCAUAUAAUGUAGACUAGAAAAGUAUUUGGCUUCUUAUAAUAACUCACAGAGGAAGAGAUCUGGAGGUCCAAAGAUUUCCUAAACUGCGGCCUAAGUUAGACUUUGUUUGAAUAAAAUAAUAAUCGUCUCCUUUUCGACACACCCUGGAGAUGGUGAGCAAGUCCUUGAAGUAGCAAAACUUCAUGAAUGGCUGGAGUAAAACCACAACUAGGGAAUCAAGAUGGUAGAAAUAAAUUAAAUUAAUUAACGGGUCUAAGUUAUAGCAAGUUACUGGCAUAACCUCUGGUGCCAUAUUGGACUUGAGUUUCUAUGUUAGUUUUUGUGGAAUUUUUUUGUCUACCGCAUGCCAAUUGAUCACAUGGAACUUCUUUUUUAAAUUUGUGCCUGUAGGGAGAUGAAGAAUUGCCAAGUUCUGGGGACACACCCAAGGUAGUAAUGAUUUUGAAAUGCUUUUAAAUUAAGGAAGUCUUGUUUUGAAGCUUAUGUUCAUCAUCUAGUGAGUGAUAUCAUACAUAUCGUGGUACUGUACUAAGUCUUGUCAUCUGUAAUUCAUGCAAUAAUGCAUGUAAUUCACAUUGUGGUUUAAUUUUAUUCUGAGUUUAAGUUUAUUGUAACAGUAUUUUGGGGAAUGGUUAUUUAUGAUAAACAGUUUGAAACAAAGAAAAAUAAAAUUUAAAACCGAAAAUAUGAAAUUAAAACACAGCAUAUGUAUCAGUUUUACAGUAAAUACGAGCGACUUAUUAGUUGGCUGAGAGCACAUGGUUUGAUUUAACAUUCAUGAACAAGAAACAUAUACAUGUACAAGACUGACUUCAUUAUGUUUUCUUUCCCAGAGAAACAAAAUUUUUGGUCACUACACUUAACAAUAAUAUUAUUGUUAGUGAAGGAUUCCAUUCAGUUCAAACCAGCUUCUAAUUAAUACUUGAUGGAGGGCCUGGAAUAAAACAACAAGUGUUUCCUGAACAACUAUUAAAGUUUCCUUCUAUUUUCUGCUGUACUCAGGAAGUACAGGAGCCAAUUAAAACCUUAAACCCUUCAAUACGUCAGUUUUUCUGAUGUUUUUGGGCUGGGUGGUUUAUUAUCUGUGAGAGGGGGCCAGCCCGUUUGCUGGGAGAUCAUUUUCAAAAUCUUGUUGGGUUGUGGGGAGUUCAUUUUCAGAUAAGGGGCCAUUAUUUGGGGGGUCAUUAUGAUAAAUUUUAUGAAAGUAGUACAAUGCAGUAACAAGAGUGAAUUGGAAUUGAAUAUAACAGCUGUAAAUAGUAUAGACACCAAUCUUAAAAACACGACUGUAGAUAAAGUAUGUGGUGAACUACAGGAUGAUAUGUAGCUAGAAUGUUUUUAGUUUCCACAGCAAUUGGGAGAGGGGGCACUUUCACUAUGUAAAAUUUAUGGUGGGUCAGUUUGAAAUCUUCCAGCUUUCUCAAAAUGGCUGGGCCCUCCCUUACAGGUAAUAAACGACGAGCCCUUUUGCAUCUAUCCUUCAUGACCAAGAUGGCAGAACUUAUCUUGUGUUGACAUGUUUUUAGAAGUGUAUUUGACUUAAAAAUUUUAUUGACAAUGUUAUUGAUCUCUGUCAGUGCAUUUAUUUAUGAUAAGUAUAAUAACCAUUCUGUAGGCAUCAGGGCCAGGUUAUAAGCCUAGAGAUUUAUUCAAUGCCGGAAGAAACAGAGCCUACACUGUGGCAUCAGAGAGUCCAACAAAAGAAAGAUGUGCUAUGAGACAGAGAUCUAAAUCCUUUGCCCUCAAGGUACUAAAGUGUAUUUCAUAUAAUAGGCUUCAUUGUUUGUGAUGGGACAAGGCAGGAAAAAGUUGAGUAAUGGUGAAUUUGUAGGCAAACUAUUGUGCAUGAUCACCUAAUGUUAAAUGUCACAGCUGAGAGUGAGAGAGAAAGAGAUAGAGAUAGAGUUCAAACAAAGUAUUUUAUCUCUGAAUUUGAACACUUGUUAGGUUUUUUUUCGUCAAUCAAGGUGUUUAUUUCAAAAGGAUUUUUUCUACAGUAUAUAUCUUUUUAACUUUUUGUUUGUACAGAGGCCCAAUCCAAGACAAGAUCAAAGUCCAAACUUGAGAAAGAAGCUAAGGUACGUAAUUGGUUGCAUUUUACUUUCAAUUAUGCACAAGCGUUACUGUGAAACUCAGAAAACCUUGAACACAUGAAAAAUUUCAGGAAUGUUAAUUGUGUGGUGGUGAAACUAAUUACCGUUGCUGUUUGGGGUUUAGUUUUCUCAUGCCUUAUUGGUUAUUUCCUCGCAACACAAUAACAUUCCAUAAAUAUUUCUGGUGUUCAUGGUUUUGUGAGUUUCACAGUAAAGGAAAUGUUUCUCACAGUUAUUUCCUUUUUAUAGGCAGAGAUGUAUGUCAGUGAUUGAAAGUUCUGCAAAUCAUCCAUCUUUGCUUGAAAUGGUAGGGACUCUAUCCAGCUAUUUGUUAAUCGUUGUUCGUCUUCAACAUGCAGUACAGUGGAUUGUCAAUUAAUUUAACAUGGUGUCAAGUUUAUUGAAGAUCCAGACACCAAAUUAUUGCAAGCAGUAGGUGAAAGAAAAUAAUAAGGUGCUGUACAGUGUGCAGCCAUGAUUCUUUUAAAGUCUGACUUCAAGUUGUCUGAACUUUAUAUUGAAAUCUGAAUAUUCGCUUAAACUCAUUUCUCCCAAACCAUCUUUGAAACCUCUUUCAGGCUUUUGUAGCCAUUUUUCAGUACUUAGGAAUUAUUUACCCAAGUGGUAAAUGUGAGUUUGGAAUGGAAUUAACAUGUCCUUAACUUUGUUUACCCAGUGUUGAGUGUUGAUUUUGAAGUGUAGCUUAAAUUCAAAAUUCGGUAAUUAUUAGAUCCUGUUUCCAAUAGACCUUGUCACGGUUUUCGACGCCAUCUUGACGAGUAGGCAAACGUGAGAGAAAUUACAGUGUUUGUAUGAGAAUCUAAUGUGGAAUAGUUCCGUAAAACGGCUGUUCUGAAAAAAAUAUCAAUUGUAAACUAAAGCCACAAAGCAAAGGAUGUCCUUAAAAAAAAUUUGGGGGCGUACCUGUGUUUAAAUUUCUCCAGAGGCUUGCUUUAGAUUUUCCAUAUAUUCGUCUGUAAUUUUCCCGGGCCUUUCUUACAGACAAAUGUAUAGCAAAUUUUAAAAAGUGGUUCUAGGUCUUCUAGUGCAUGUAACGCCCUCAAAGUUUUUCAGGAGAAUCCCUAGGACUGAAGCUUUAGUUUACAUAUCAUAUUUUUUUCAGAAUAGCCGUUCUACGGAAAUUAUUCGUCAUUAGAUUCUAAUACAAUCUCUGUAAUUUCUCACGCGUUUGCCUACUCGUCAAGAUGGCGUCGAAAACCAAACACAGGGUCUAUUCUCCUUUUAAUACAGCAUUGAUCUACAUUUCACUGUGCUCUUAUGUUUUGACAGGAGGCAAUAUUCCAUCCAGCGCAAGAUCCCAGCUCUUGUUCCCUACGUCGAUCACAGUCAGCAACGUUUGAACAUCAUGAUGAUCUGGGAAACAUGCUUGAUGCUUCAGGUAGGGUUAUAAAAAGGCAAAGUUAGCCUGCAUAACAGGUGUUAUUUUUUCGCCUUUUCUAUGCGCGCGAAGUGUGCGAGAAGUGCCAUACACGCGCAAGGGGGGAAAGCGCCGUGUCUCGCGCUCCAGGCCCGCCUCGCUCGUGCCUUCGCUCACCUGUUGUGCAUGCAAAGUGCUAGUGUCAGUAGACUCUUCCUCGUUUCAACUUAGAGAUCUUUAGUUUAUAAGAUGAAGACGACCACAAGAACGAGAUUUUCUCAAUACUGUAGUGCCUGCGCGUGAACCAGCGUCAUUUUGGCGGGAAAAUGUGAUACCAUCGUCAUUCUACUACGAGUUUUUGCAAAAAUGUCUGUGGCAGAGACAAGUCAUCAAAUGUUAAUGGCUGAUUAUUUUUUAAGCUUCUUCAAUUCAAAACAAUCGUGCUAGCUUUUCUUGUAAAGGGGAGUACAAUAACGCUUUCCGGCGUGCCUUUUUUACGCGAAAAAAUUCUCGUUAAAUUUCGUCCUUGUAGAAAGCCGUCAGUAAAGGUCCCUUGUAUUUUUUGGCCUAAGUAUUGUAAUAUUUCUGUGGCGCCCAAUUAAAAGCCCUGCUAGUUAGAUGCGUCGGAUGGAAAAUGCAUUCCUAUUUCUGAUUGUGUUUAUUUCAUUCAUUUUUAUUCAGGUCAAAAAAAUGUUGUAGGAGAUUUCAGUGGGGUAGGUUUAUGUAUUAAACUGGAAUGCAGUUACAAUUUUUGAAGUUCCUUUCGUUUCUUUCCUUUCUUCAGCAAAUCAAGAGAAACCCAAAAUCAUGCAGAAACUAUCAUGACGAUCGUUAAUGAUCUAUUAAAACCUGAUAUAAUUACUUUGUGGCUGUAAUAUUCUCGAGUUGUUUGAAGUCGAACUUAGUUUAGUUUAGUUUCUUUAUAUUUGUCAAGAAAGAAAUUACAUACAUACAAACAAGAGCACGCCGACAGGAGAUGAAAACAGUGAAGGAGCCCCAAUUGACUUUCAACCCCUAUAAAACUAUAAGACAGACAUACUAAAAUCGGAUGAAAAAAAAAAUGUCUGUGAAGGAAUACAAUCUUCAAUUAGCCCUGGCUGUACUGAGUUAUUUCAAUUUGAGGGUUUGCGUGAUAAGAAUGCUAUGGCGGCUGAUAGAAACUUAGCCUGGUCUUGUAGUGAGCUUGUAGAAAAGUUUUAAACUGUUGAGGAAGAAUGAGGAAGACCAUUUAAACCCUAACAGUCCUAUGGAAGUACGACUUAGUGAAGAAAUCCUUGUUACGAAAGGACGGAAGAUGGGAAUUUGCAGCGUGGUAAUUUUUGAGCAGUCUAUCGAGGUACUGCGGGAACCAAAAAAUGAUCGAAAUUUGCAGUAUUAAACAAGAACAAACCUGAUUUAGCUUUUUACUUUUUUUUCAGCCUUACACCCUUCCAUCUAUACCCGGGCAACAUGAAGAUUUGAAGUGCUUAACACCAGAAACGGUAAUGUCAUUAUAACAAAUAAUGAGGACCUAAUGACAGGUACCAAGGAAAACUGUGCAUUUUGUUUUCCAUGCUGCCAGUCAUCAGGUGUGUUAAUUUGUUAUUGCCCCCGCUGGGAUUUCGCCCAGAAGAAAAAAACGGCUUGACGCGAGUGGCACAUCGGUGAUUUCCCGCGGUUUUAAGGCACAUUACCUGAUCGCAUUCGAUUGGUUUUGUUCCAAGGCAUGAUUAAUACACAUUCUUCAUCUCAAGUUAGUUUUACUGUAUCUACUGUUUAUUCAUUUAUCUAUAAUUCUUGUAAAUUCGUUUAGUUGUCUACAGUAGUAGAAAUGAACUGUUGUUGUUGUUUUAAAUGUACGUGGCGGUAAACAAUCAUCGAUAAAAUAAAAGUUCGGUUGAAGCUCUCGAAAACUGUCAAAACUCGUCAGUGAUCGUCACUGAUAUUUCUAGCCUGAGGUUGCAAAAUCAUUCUGUAUAUUUAAAGAAAAGAAGUAUUAUCUCUACUCGCGAUUCAUUUCAAGUGAAAACCAACUGAAGGUGAAAGCUUUGACGAAACUUUCAAAAUUGUGUUGGUGUACGAAGAACAAUUUCGUUUAUUAAUGUCUUAAGAGAAGAAUUUUCAACCACUCAUUUUUUUGCUUCCUUUUCUACAGGUUGCUCGUGUUCUGGAGGGUGAAUACCCAGAUGUAGAAGCUCAUAUCAUAGAUUGUCGCUAUCCUUAUGAAUAUGAAGGUGGUCACAUCAAGGUGUGAUUUAAAAUUAUUAUGGUUUAAUAAUCAAGAUCAAAAUACGUAUCCUUCCAAAAAGACGAUUUUCUUUUGAGAAGUUCAUAGCAGCCUUAUUUAGAAAAAUUCGUUUUUUUAAACUCGAUCGCGAUUAUUCCAACUCAGCUCAAAUUGCCGUUAAUUGAAGUUGUUCCUCGCGUUGGAUUCUUAGAGACUGCAGCCAUUGUUAGUAGAGGAGACUGAUCCUGAAAGGUAGGAAAGCAACAAAGAUGAAAACAACGGUGGUACAGUUGACGUUAGAAGCUUCCUGACCGUACACAGUCCAGGGAGCUUAAGCAACAACGACGGCGACGGCAACAAAAACGUCACUUAAAAAGUGAAUUUGCACCUCUUCAAACUUUAUCGCGCUUAUUCCACCUCGUUUACUUCGUCAAAUGUUGGCAAAUGUUUUUUGGAGUUGAAUUCUAAAGGACUGUAUCAAAGUUCAGGAAAAGAAAAGAAAGUUGUUGUCUUGUGUUCCCCUCCUCGACAAAACGUGAAUUCAGGCAUUUUCACGUUGUAGUCGGGCAAUGAUGGCAAAGAAAUGUACAAAAAAGCGUGAUGCACGUGCAAAGUUGUUGUUUUUGCUAAUCAAACCUAUUGCUUUUUUGCCGUUCUCGUUGCCGUCCGCGUCGUCGUUGCUUAAGCUCUCUAGUUUGUUCACAAGUUGUGACAGAAUAAGUUAAUGUGACGUUUUCAUUGGUCAAUAAGAUCAUAAUUUUAGGAAUGCUGUUGAACGUUGCGUUUUUCUCGAUACAGGGAGCCGUAAACAUUUACACCAAAGAGGACAUGCUCAGUGAAUUUAUUGAAAGGCCGAAGAAAAGUCUGACGGGAAAGAAGACAAUUUUAAUAUUUCACUGUGAAUUCUCAUCCAAGAGAGGACCUGACAUGUGAGUUGAAAGAAUUCGUUAUCAUUAGUCAGGAAAAACUGUUCAUCUUUUGCAGUACAGUGAUUUUGUUACAAAUAGUUAUGAUUAGUCCUGGGUUACUCAUCUUGUGAAAAAUUGAGUCCCAGUUCAAAAAAACAAAGAAUCGUAAAUUGGGCUUUUAUGUAACCAGACAGUUAAUCUGACUCCAAAACUCUGCCAUUACAGUUUACUGAAAUAAAAAUAUACUGCUUCUAUUGUAAAGCACAACAAAGACUAAAAAAUAUGGGUUGUUAAAACGUAACCACAAGAAGAGCCACAGAAAUCACACGAACAGGAUAUUCUACAAAAAAAAAUCUUCAGAUGGAUCGAUCGAUCUUUGCGUCUGGCAACGGGACACAUUCCAUGAAUUAUUAAUUCUUGCGUCUUUGAGGAUUUUUGUCUCUGGGACGCAGGGCGCAGAGGUAACAGAAUCACUGCAGUUAUAGCAAAGCAUUUAAGAAGAUUGCUUAAUCGAGUUUUCAUUUGUUUUUUAGGAGUCGAUUUUUACGGAACAAGGACCGCGACUUGCAUAUGUUCAAUUACCCAGAAUUAUUUUACCCAGAACUGUACCUAAUUGAAGGAGGCUACAAAGCGUUCUUUAACAAAUGCAAGGUAACGUAACUGACAUUGUCGGUUUUUAUAAUCUUAUAACAAUUCCAUCUUCAUUUCUUUAUUAAUUGGUAGGUGAUUUUUCAACAUAUUGUCUCUUCAGUGAAAACUGUAGCUGUGCAAACUAAAAACAAAUCUGGCCUUAAUUUGAACAGUUUGUUGGGUCAAGAACCCUUUUUUGGGAGGGCCGUUUUUGGAAACAUUUUGUAUUCCGUAAGUGAUCGAUUAAGCGCCGCACCUUUACAGAAAAUAAUUUAAUAAGAGCCGCUUUCGAAUAAGCGCCGCGGCGUAAUUUGGGUAUUUUUAAAAUUAACGACCCACCUUUGUUACGGCGCUCGAUAUAAGGAGACAAAAAUCAUAUCGCUUAGGAAACUCUUGAAACUGGGUUCGUGUAACGGUUCGAGGUGUACAUAUUUUGACUUAAUUCUUUCUAAAUUCUCCUCAGUGUUUUACCCGUAGUUGAAAUAAGCGCCGCUCUUGUAUAAGCUCCGCACCUAUAACAGGGAAAAAUGAAAUAAGCGCUGCCGCGCUUAAUCGAUCAUUUACGGUAUUUGAAAUUAUUAGCCUCAUUUUGGGAAAGGUCAUUUUCUGAAUUUCGAGAGAAUCAAAAUUUAACGCACCGCUAAUCUUUUUUUUUUUUUUAGGAAUACUGCGAACCCCAGAGUUAUCUGCCAAUGAUAGACGAAAAUUUUUCCCAAGAGCUAAAGAGGUUUUCGAAACGAUCGAAAUCUGAGGGAAACAUUCUAACAAAAGGUCUCCGUCCUGGGCUUGGAUAUCGUUGCUAGAUUUGUAUUAUUUACUUGUCUUCGCUGCUUUGCACCUUACAUGUCAACCGCGUUCCCCGGAGCGAAAGGGAGACGAGUAAGGAAACCCUGGGAACGAGUUUGACAACAUCUUUAUUCAAUUCGCCUUAAAAUAUACGAGCUGUUGACUAAGUGAACACUACGCCGACGAAAUAUUUGCUGAGAAUUUCACACCUCUAAACCUGCCUUAUUUUUUCUUUGAAAACUUGGAGGAAUUAAAAUUUUCCGGCUUAAAAUACUCAAAAUUGCCUUCUCUGUAAAUAUUUCUCCUCUCCACGCAUAAGAAGAAUGAAAGUUUUUCCAUCAAAUGAAAGAUCUAUUUAAUAAUUUGGAUUUUUUGCCAUUUCUGCUUCACUAAAUUAGAAGCAUAAUAUAUUGCAUAAAGCUUGUUUGAUGAUCCAAAAUACGAGAAUAAUUUAUCAACAUCUUUGACAGUAACUAAAAUGCUGUGGCUUAGGUUGACAGAGCUUGCCAUAUUAGUUUGAUGAUGUCAAUAAUUCUACUCAUGACUGUCCUGUGUUAAAUUAUCUGCCUGCCUACUUUGUGCUACAUAUCAAAAGGAAUCAAGUUAUAAUCUGCAGGCAGAUUGAUAGACAAAUAAUUCCCUUACCAUACUUUUAAUUUUGUUCUUAUUUUUCUUUUUCUGUAAUAUAUUCUUAACAAGAUUCUGCUGUAUUUAUUGUUUGUUUUGGCAUGACUAUCGUGGCAAAUAAUUUGUAAAUAAAAAUGUUUUUUUAGAAUGCGUAAUAAAGUAUUUCAAGGUUGAGUGGGUUGGUGGUUUCAAAUUUGUUCUUCCCUUUGAGUCACUUUUAGAAUGAGAGAUGAGUGCGCCAGAUGGAAGAAGAAAGGGAGUGUUGUGCUCUCUUGUUGCCCCCAAGUAAACAUUGCGCUGCCGUGCUAUUCGCUUGGGACGAGUCAACCUCGUUGCCAGAGUUCCGGGUUCCUACCCGUCCCUAUAGAGCGAGAGGGACGGGUAGGAGAGAACCCUGGGAACGAGGUUGGGGACGAGUAGGCCUAAAGCUCCCUUAACACCUGAUGAGGUGUACACAAUGUAGUUCUCCAUUUCGCGAGGUGAGAUUGGGUCGGUGUUGUGUGGAGGUGCCUUCUCUGUUUUGAGAGACAAAUUUUGAACCAGUUUCCUGCACGACCUUGUUUUCUAAACAGUCCUGUGGUUAAUCCCCAUGGUGCAGUUCCGCAACACCAGCCCAGCCCCACACGCGAACCUCAAAAUGUCUAAAGCCCCGUGCAAACGACCUCAACAUUGUUGGAUGUCACAUGAUGGGUACGUUUGCACACCCUGUUGCAUGUUGUCAGGAGUUGUUGCGCAAAUGUUUUGAAACUGGUCAAACGUUUAGCUCCGUGCAAACGGACGCAACAACUCUCGACAAUGUUGGGAGUUGUUGCGUCCGUUUGCACCUAGCUUAAUAAUCUUCAUGUGAUUUUAAGUGAGCAGCUUGAAAAAAGUCUUAAGUUGAUACCCAGGGAUCAAACGCUUUAAUAAGGUACGUGAACUGAAUGUUUACGCAAAAUUCGCGCACCUGUUCUCAGAGGCUCCUUUCUUUAAGCUGAUAGAAAUUUUACAUAAAUACAUUCAAAAGAGCGUUUUCAUUCACGUGCCUGGCACCUGUUUGAAUUUAUUGGAACAAAAGAAAGUCCGCAGGACUGGGUCGGGAGACUGACAUGGCGUUGUUACAUUGUUUUGGCGGGCACCAACAAUAUGGCGGACGUGACGUCAUGUAACGGUUAGCAUUACAUCCCAUCGGCCUAAACCCCCUCGGACACCUCAUGAGGUUUAUGGCACAACGUAGUAUUACUUAUCGCUUCGGUUUCGAGCACUGACUAUAAGAAUUAGAGUUAAGCAAUACUGAUUAGGGUUAAGCACUGACUCGAAACGGUUAGCUUCUAUUUAGGGUUAGGGUUGUUGCGAUAUAGCUUUAAAUCAAACCAUUUCUAGCCAGCAAAUCUUCAGUGGCCUGGUGGUAUAGGUCAUGGAACACAAACUUUACGCUCCGAGUUCGAUUCCCACUUACACCCUUCUGAAUUUGUUUUCCCUUCAUGAACAUUUGCUGAGCAAAAUUUUCAAGAGGCCUAGAAUUUUCAUCUAAGUGUAGUGGGGAAGCAAUAAAGAAUACUACGUUGUGUAAAUUUCAUAAGUGGACCAAGGGAUUUAGGCCGAUGGGUUGCCAAUGGGAUGUAAUGCUUUGUAAAAACACUCUAUAGAGAGAGCGCUGGUAGUGGCGCUGGUAACCAUCUAACCUCGUCCCCAGGCUCUCUCAACUUGCCUUCUCCAGGUUGCUGAAUGAAAAGAAACACCAGGAGAAAUAUUGGUGAUGAUCGAUCCCCGUGAAUUUUUCCCUCUCUCGAGCCUUUGCUUGCUCAAAGCUUUGGAGUCUACUGUCACGAACAGCACAGUUGCCUACGGAAAUGACUAUUGAAAAGAGAUAAUCAAAGUUACAAAAACAAUCAUUGAGUAGACUGCAUGUUGGGAUCAGGGAGGGGGGUCCAUCGGUUUAACACUCCCUUCUACUUCACAAAAUCCGCAGUUUUUUUGUUCGAGUCCAUUUUGGUUGCCACAUAUUUUUUUUCUUGACUUAUAUUGUUUAAAACAAUUUUCUUUAACUAAAAUUAAAGGCAUUCAUUCAAACCACUUCCUUGUUAGUCGAAGAUCAAAAACAAGUACAUAAUAAAUAAUACAUGUAUCUUAGAAUAUAAUUGGCCAUAAAGUAAAUAGGACAAAUUCUCUUGUGUGUUUGUGUUUCUCUCAGCUUACCAACAUGGUCUCUAAAGUAUUGUGGUUUGAUUUACUUUGGAAGCUAUGGUAAGUAGCAAUGUUUCGAUGGCUUAGUUUAAUUAGAUUGACAGCUUUGAUCAAAAGUAAGGUUUUAUUUUUAAAAUCGAAUUUGUUCGAAGCCUUGCAAUUUAUUCCGUCAUCAUACAAGUUCAAGCAAGUAAUUUUUCAAUUCUCUCAUGACCCUAGUGGAGGCUGGUUCUUGCAGCAAGAUUACUAGCUGCUUUAUUCCAAAUAAAUUCUGAAUAUAACCGUCAUUCUGGAAGUGUGAAGGUUGGGCUGGACUCGGGUUUUGUUAAAUGCCAUGUUAAAUAAUUCACAAGCCAUGGUACGUUUUGUAAAAUCCAUAUGGAUUUGAUUAGUCUUUCACAGCACCUAAGUCGAUUUAGAAAGAUGUCAUUGAUCUUAAAUUAGAGAAUCGAACAUAGGUUGUUAGGUCUGUUAGAUUCGUCGAAUUAAUCCAGCAAUUACUUUCUCGGCAAUGUAAUGUCUCUCGCUCUUUAAUUUAAUUACACAAUUUUCCUUUUUGCUUGUAUUUCUCAUCACGCCUUAAUUUAACGGUUAUCGCGUCUCCCUGGUAUGUUCAACUUACCAGCCGUCGUGUAAAUCCUGUACUUAAGGUUUGCGCUAAAUUCGUAUAUCUGGACUAACAAUUCUUAACAGCCUGGAUUUUAAGGCAGUGUACAUUAUGUCACGUGAAUUUGAUUAUCUUCCAGACACGUGGUUUCCGAAUGCGAUAGUGUCUAUGACAGCCUGAGAGUCGCGUUUGAAUAUCACCACACCGUAUAACCCCGGCAAUUCUUUGCAGGAUCAGAAACAUGAGAUUUUAAAAUGAUUUUCUCGGCUUUGAGGGUCGAUCUUAAUAUUUAAGAAUGACCAGUACUCUUACCUUUGCCCAUAAUAACAACAUGAGAAAUAAAACGAGACGAGACGACGAUCUCGUGGCUAAUCUGCAUGGCCUUUACAGCAUGGGUACAUAGCUGUUAAAAAAAAACGGUUAAUUAAAAAAAAAAAACGAAACUACGCAAAAAGUUUUAUGCCCUUAUUGAUAUUAAAUUAUAUAGAUGGUUCUCUCUUUAUUUUAUUAUUGAAAAUUGAUAUCAACAAGAGGAAGAUUUAAACUGCAGGUCUAGAGACAGGUGGAUUGUCAUGCUGUCAACUGUUGACAGGUACGGCACCUGAUGGAAAUAACCUUAUUAAAAAUAACCUCGACUCGUUAUUCACCUUGUCCAAAAACUGGAUAGUUGUUUCUCUAAGCUCGAUUGCCAGUCGUUAAAACGAAGUUCUGUUUGCGCUUUUCUCCCCAAGGAACGCUAAGGCACAGAACAGCUCGUAAUCUUGCCUAUGGGUAUGGCCCUGCUCGCACUCCGCCAAAUUUUGUAAGUUAUGUUUUGCAAAAAAAACUUUUAACAGGGUGCCAUUUAUUGCGCGAACGAUUUUUUUCACCUGCCAAAAUUGUCUCAAGUGUCACCAAACUUCAAGAUGUCAUACAGUAGAUUUGAAAGCGAUAAAUUUGAAUAAUAUCCCCUUCGUCGGGUCAUCUUCACUCGCGAACGUGGUCAGUUGAAGUUACUUUAAUUGAAAAUCUUUUUUGGUUGCACGAAAAAUUUUGCGCGUCUCAGGUGCAAACAAAGUUACAAAUUAAUUGGUAAUUACAAAAUUUUUAAAUUUCUUGCAAACGCCACAUUCCAUUUUUUUCUAGAAGUUCAAACAGGGCCAGGACUUCAAGGUUAUGCAGUGUCGGUGACGUAUCCGACGCUUAGACCACGUGACCCGAGCAAAUAAAUCGUGAGGAAUAAAGACGCCCGUGCCUAGACAAACUCGUCAGGGCUACCGGGAAUUCCUCCGUGCAUGAAAUGAGACGUUUUUUCUUAUUUUGUUUAGUGGACAAUGAAUAACAUGUAAAGUAAAUGUGUAAUUAGUAUAGUGGCGCGAAUAAUUACACCCAACCUCGUCCCCAGGGCGCUUUUCGCCCUGGGGACGAGGCUGAAUUAUACCCUGGUUCAAUUUUCAAAAAUUAAGAACUUUUUCAGUAAGUUUUAAAAAAUUUAGUAAAUUGACAGCGUGUGGAAAAGAAUUAAACUUUGAACAGCAACAUCCUGAUCUUUGAAAUACUUUUGCUGAGCUUUUGCAAGUUUCUCCAAUUUGUCCGCAGUGGUACUAACAGAGCAUGUGCUUAGGAUAGUGGACUGACCUCUAUAGCCUCGUUUACAGACUUCUUGUUUGAAUUGCUUUUGUGCAAACAAGUGACACCCAUUUAAGUAAUAUGUUCGUUCUUUAAUGUUAUUAUUUUCUUUUAAUUAGUUUUGUGUCUGUGAUUUUAAAUUCACGCAACGUGCUUGGAAAACGAGCAAAGACGUCGAAGUCGAAUCAUUGGAAAGCGCCCAGACCCCAUAUAAUCAUGAUUGUCGCUGAUGACCUGGUAUGGAAUAUCUUACUAUAAGUAAACUGAACGUAAAUAAACUUUCAGAGGCAAACAGCAGUUCUUGGUGGAAGUGGCUAAAAAUUAUUUAUCGGAGGAGCAAUAGUGAAAUUUACAGUUUUCAAAUAUCGGAAAAACAGGGAGCAUUUUGUUGCUUCGUCCGCCUCAGUUUGUCAAUUCUUUUUCCCCCAAAAAUCGAAACACUCAGUUGCUUUGUUGUGGCUUGGAAUUACCAAUCAGAAGUUUCACGGAAAGUAUUCUGUGCAGGUUGUUAGUUUGGAAAUGGAACGCAAAGAAAAGCUGAAAGCAACUUGAAUCGGCGCGACUGGAAAGAAGUCAAAGUUAUCGUUUUUGUUCAUUUUGGUGAUAGCAAGAGUGAUUGAACGUGUGGAUACCUUGAUAUGGACAGUUCUCCCUGGUAAAAGGUUUCUUUUACAAAGGUUGAAACAUGUAUUUUCAAAGAUUUCCUGCUGCAUUCUUUUUUUUAGGGAUGGGAUGACGUCAGUUUUCAUGGCUCUCCCCAGAUCCCCACUCCACAUAUCGAUAAGUUGGCCAACGAAGGUGUGAUAUUAAACAGUUAUUACGUGUCACCAAUCUGCACUCCAACCCGGGCCUCUAUUAUGACCGGUAAACAUCCGGUCAACCUAGGUAAGUUAUAUCUCAUUCACCAAAAGUUAGCAAGGGAGCUCCGCUUAAAGAUGCAUACAGUUAAAUCACCCCUGCAGUGCGAACAAAUGAUGGAACAGAGAAUCAACUCUGGAGUAAAAAUUCUACCGCUACAAAUAGCCAUUAAACCCACUGUGCAUUAGCCUUAGUACAGGGAAUUAGGAGGACCAUACGAGCAGAGAAAAGUCUUUUGACCUCCCUUAAAGAUCUAUUAAGAGUGACCAUUGAUUACAAAAAUUAUGUUUACAGGGUCUUACAAAACUCUACCUAACUGGAAUUACUUAGAAUUCGAAUUAAAAGAGACCAUAACAGAAACAUUUAAGGAUGAUUAAGUGACGAUUUGACAGCCACUGAUAGGUUCCGUUUAAAAAUAAUCUUAAGGACAAAGAACGAGAAUUCGAGAGAAGGGUGCCUAUAUCAUGAAUGUUCGAAUGAUGCAUUGGGCAGAAACCACUCGGCACUCACUCAUCAGCAUAGUAUACCCAGGGAAAAGAGUCUCACUUGCUUGCGAUCACAGACCCUGCCUUACGAGUGCAAAGAACUCCCUAAAACCAAGACCUAUGAGAAGCUGAUGAGCCGUUAUGAGUACCACUGCCCGGGUAAUAUGGCUGUGCGCAUGCGUCAGUUACUGCUCGUUUUUACGGGCAAUUUGGUAACUGUAGCCUUAACAGCUGCUUCUUUCCUGAAUUUUAGUCUUACUUCUGAUUUUGUUUUAUUGCUUUAGCUUUAGAGAUAUGAGGCUUAUAUGUGAGUGAUUGUUCAGUCAAUUAGUUUUUACGUAAUAUUUUACAGGUAUUCAACAUGCAACCAUAUUUGGUACUCAGCCGUACGGUCUUCCGUUGGGUGAGGCCACUGCACCACAGUAUCUCAAGGCACUUGGUUACCGGACCCACGGCGUAGGAAAGGUAGAUUUAGCAGCUUAAGCGACAAUGACAGCGCGGCUACUCAAAAGUCACUUCAAAAGUGAAUUCGCGCUACUUCAAACUUUGUCGCGCCUACUCCAUCUCGCUCAAUUCGUCAAAUGUUGGUAAUUUUUUCUGGAGUUGAAUUCCUAGAGAGGUAGACUGCAAAACAGUGACUUUCUAUAGAUAAUGAAAAGCCGUUUAUUUCAGGUAUAUUAUGAGAUCUGGGUAGUUGAUUAAUGAAGAUCCUGGGAGCGAGAUUGUUUUUCACGAUUAUUUUAACAAGGAAACUUUACUCGUUUAAGUUCAGUACUUAGUUAAUUUCUAAUCGUCUUUCCAGGUUAAUUGUGUUCUGGAUGUUUUCUUUCAGUGGCAUCUUGGAUUUUUUGAGAAGGAGUACACGCCCCUGUAUCGCGGGUUUGAGAGUUACUACGGCUUCUGGAAUGGAAAGGAGGACUACUGGGACCACACAUCACUAGAAGAUGUCUGGGGUACAGAUCUGAGAAAUGACAUGGAGGUAGAUCGAGGCUAAACUAUUAUGCGCAUGCUCAUGGUAGGGUUGUUGAUGACGUAGCAUUCUCAUUCCCCACUUUAGAAACGAGAAGGAAAAAGGGCCGAGUUAGUCUUCGCAAAGACAGGGGACAGGGGAAAAAUUGGCCAAUAGCUGAUAGGCACGUCCGCAGUAAUGAUCCCAGAAGUCUUUGCGAAGACUAACGCGGCCCAGUUUCCUUCUCGUUUCUAAAGUGGGGAAUGAGAAUGCUACGUCACCAACAACUUUACCAUGGGCGUACUGGGGAUGCGCCUAUCGGCUAUUGGCCAAUUUUUUUCCCCUGUCCCCAGUAACAGUCCCAGGCGGCUUUGCGAAAGUUUAGCUCGGCCCAGUUCCCUUGCCGUUUCUAAAGUGGCGAAUAAUCAGAGCCUGUCGUUUCUUUAGGUACCAAAAUAAAGCCAAGAGACACUAGGAACGAGAAUGGUAUCCUAUUUGGUUUUUUGAAUUAUACGGCGUACAGGUACCUACAUGGCUAAAAUACCAACUUAACCACAAAGGACUGCAAAGGACCGCAAACUAAUAUGCCGAAGAACGUAGGAUCUAUAAAGACCUGAUCAAGUAGACAAAUUAAAUUCUUCAAGCAGAAUACUGCAAUGCUGAUCGUACUACGUGAAAAUUAACUCUGCAAGACAUCAACACGACACCAAAAGAACUCAAAACAGAGGGGGAUUGUAGCCAUAGACAGCUGUUUCGCCCUUUUUGGGGCUCGUCAGUAUGGCGCAACAAUCAGAGAAAGCACCCCUAACAGACCUAUCUCAAGAGCCUGCCCGGUUCUCGACACAGAGAAUUCAAAAGCGAGCUUCAAAAGCUUCAUUCCACAGAGUUACUGUUUUUUUUUUCCUUUUACAGUUUUUUCUUUUAAUUUUCUUUUCUUUAAUUACUUCUUUUUUGGCCUACCUAAGACAUUGGCUGAUUUUGGUGGCAGAAAUUUUAUCUUUUUCUCACUAUUAUUUUUCUGUAGCCUGUCAAAAAUGAAAGCGGUCACUAUGGUACAGAGUUGUAUACAGAAAUAGCUGAGCGGAUUAUAGAUACGCACAACAAGUCUGAGCCACUUUAUUUGUACCUCGCACAACAAGCUGUUCACUCAGCCAAUGAACAAGAUCCUCUGCAAGCACCGAAAAGACUGCUGGAUGUAAGUGAGAAUAGAGCAUGCAGGAUGGACGUUCGACCCUGAUUUUAUCUCGGCUCUGCAAGGGCCUGUUUCUCGAAAGGCCUGGUAACUUUUCGGGUCCAUAUUUUGAAAUCAAGACCGGUUGGAUAGUAGGCACAGUUCUUAACUCACAAACCGGUUAAUUUGCUUCGCUAACUGCUAAUUUCAAUGUACCAUUUUCAAAAUUAUUGAAACUUUGAUCUUGAAGACAAACACGACAAACAAAAAACAGCUUUUUCGGGCCCAAAAAGAUAUGGCCGACUUUCAGAAACGGGCCCCUGAAUAUCAGGCCAGUGCUCUUAAAAAGACUCUUUUCUCAUUGAAUGGUUUGUUUUCGCUUUAUUUAUCAACUAAAUGCAUGAGCUCGGCUGCACAAAGGAAGGAUUGGCGAAGAUUCUGUGCAUUCGAUACAUCCUUGCAAAAUAAAGUUUUUGUAAAGUAGGUGAAGGGUCCCAUACAAGCAAAAAGAAAAAAAACCUGUAUUUAUAGGUUGCUUUGAUAAAUUCACUGGCAGUUAUCUCACUUAUCUCUCAAGGUCUUCAAGCCCGAACGUUUGUCUUUUCCACGAAUCCUUGCAAUAGGUUCUGCAUUCAAAUCAAUCAAGUAUUAAUUUUUUAAAGCAAAAUCUGGAUUUUUAGAACCUGCUAGGAAAAAGGCAAAAAACGAAGAUGAAUUCAAAUAAUUGGGAGGUUAAGAAAAUCAGUGUUAAAAGCACAAAGUGAAUUUUCGCAAGACACAAACAAAGCUUACAAAAGUUGUAUGUAGCUAGGUUCUACGUCUAAUUAUCUCAUCUCAAUUUUGUAUUUAGAAAUUACCCCGUUUUUCAUCCGACGAAAGGAAAAUGUUCGCGGCGAUGGUAGCUUCGUUAGAUGAGUCAGUUGGCAACAUAACUAAAGCUCUGAAAAGAACAGGAUUAUAUGAUAAUUCUGUUAUUGUCUUCACUACUGACAACGGAGGUGCACCCAGAGGAUUUAACUGGUAAUUGGAUCACUUUACGUUUCCUGGAAACUGCCCACCCACCCCACCCCUAACACAUGUUUCUCACUGACGUGUGACUAAAGGCCAGAAACAGGGGGUAGAGGUGUGGUGGGAGGACAGUUUCCUAGAAACCUUAAACUGAUCCCAUUUUCUUAGCUUAUGUUCACAACAUACCAGUUAGCUCUUGCGCCGGCGCGAAAAUUAUACCGUUUAGGGCCUCUGUUCACAUUUGAGGACGGUGAUUUCGGCGCAAUUUCUGUAACGGAACGAAUAGAUGCUGCUCCGCACCGGUCUCGAAAGUGAAGCGUCACAUAUCGGAAAGGUGUCUGUACCUCACUUUGGUGCAGUGUGAACAGGUAUUCGAACCGUAGCGGAAGUGAACAAGUGGGAGCGAGAACUGGAAUCCACUAAGACGGAAGUGAGCGACUUGUUUCAGUUCUGUGCGGUUGUUGUUCAUUCUAUACCGCAUAGCUUUUUGUGUCGGCGCGAAACGUUAUCCGUUAUAGUGCGAACAUAUAACCUUAGUUUCCUUAAUAGUGUAUAGAGAUGUAUGUUACUUUUCUACCUAAGCCUAAUCCUGUGAAAAGACCAGCUAAUUAUGUGAUGUUGGAUACGGCCAGGCCUUUUAACAAGUCGGGGUUAUCUUUGUUUCUGCAUUUCAAGUAUACAGCUUAGGUAUAAAAAGAUGGAGCAGUUUCGCCCAUUACUCUUUGCUUUUCUUUACUGAAGAUAAUAGGCUGAUUUAGCAACAGAACGGGAACGUCAGUUGACGACGGCGCGCGCAAAUCAAACAACAACUGGGUUAACCAAUGGCAGAGUGGCAAUUGGGGCACCGGAAGUUGAGUGAAGUCCUUUCCGCGCGCUUUCCCGUCGUCAAAUGACGUUCCCGUUCUGUUGCUAAAUCAACCUAAUACUGAAGUUAGAUCAUCAAAUCAAGAAUUGUCUUUAAUUUCACCCUCUGUAGGAAUCAAGGCUGCAACUUUCCCUUUAAAGGAGGCAAAGAUACCUUCUGGGAGGGAGGGGUCCGUGGAGUGGGAUUUGUACACAGUAAGCUGAUUAAGAAGAAAGGGCGCGUCAGCUAUGACUUGAUUGACGUCACAGACUGGUUACCAACCUUCUAUCAUUUGGCUGGAGGUGACGUUACUGCCAUCCAGGAUAAAAUUGAUGGCAUGAAUCAGUGGGACACUAUUGCGCAUGGCAAAAAAUCACCAAGAACUGAGGUAAAGAGAAGCACUUUUGGUCUAAACAUGCUAUCGUAAAACAAGAACAUUAACCAAAAAAACAACAACAUACAGCUUGGAGAAAAGCGCUGUUUCUUUCUUCAUUUCUUCAAUUCCAAUUCUCCGUUUUACUUUUCUUUAUUUCAUUACGUUUGCUCCAGGUUCUUCACAACAUAGAUCCAAUCCGCAAGUUUGCAGCCAUUCGUGUGAAACAGUACAAGCUGAUUAUUAAUCAAGAUUCUGUGUUCAAAACUACAUGGCACCCGCGCUACAGCUUCACCGAAGAAUUGGACGGUGAUCAGCAGCCCUCCACGUUACCUGGCGCGGUUAUCAAGUGCGGGAAAUGGGACAAAAGUGAAGCAGCUUCUUGUGAUACUGAUAUUUUUCCUUGCUUAUUUAAUAUCGAAGAAGGUACAUCGAUUUUUGAUUUUGUCAGGGUAUUAUCUUUUAAGUUACCUUUAGUUUUGCAGCAACUCAAAUAAUCAACACUAUAUUACUGGUGAGCUCCCCGCCAGGAAACACACCCUCCCUGAGGCCAAGUUAACUAUUCUCUCAACGGGGCUAUCUUUAAGCGAUUCGUCACCAACGGACUAAAACCAGGGCGAGCACUCAGUUCAUACUGAUUGUUUGAAAAAGUGGAGCAGGAUUUUCAGCCAAUCACAGGGCUGGUCUUAAAGAUACAAAAUCAAAGAAAUGAAGAAAUCAAUUUAGACCGGCACUAAGAAGCAUCGUUGUCACCGUUGCUGUACUUCUAUGAAAGAUAGACAAGCUGACUUAUUGUAAAUGUAAAAUGUUCCACUUUUGCUUGCCUGGUGUUUUCUCAGUCUCAGUACUUUUAGACGUUUGUGUGAUAUUCCUUAAAGUUUUAACUUGCCUUGCCUGACAAAACAGCUGAGAUUUCGUUACAUCACCGUUGGUUUCUACGCGGAACUGAUGAAAUCUAAGAAACGGGCGCAGGAAAUCCAUACUAAUGACGUGUCACUACCCAAAUCUGGGCAGUGCUUGUGAUUGGUUGGAAAUUUGAUCAUUGCUAGUAGUAUAGGAAAAUGGGUAUUCACGCUCACACUGUUUUUAUUUCUGGCUCAACUCAAAAACACUCAAAAAUCCCUGAAUAUGCAAAAGACUUCAAAAAUGAAUGGCUUUACAUAAGAGGGAUUAAUAAGAAGUGUGGUGAGAUUACAGAAAUAUUAGAUAUUAAAAAUUCUUUUGAAGUUUUUUUUCCAUCUUCAAGAGUAAAAUUACUUAUUAAAAACUUUGAAGAUGUUUUGGAGGCUCAAAAAAUGGGUAAACUUCAAAACAUUAGUAAAUUAAAGUUUAAAUUAAGUGAUGUUGAAGAAAUAAUUGAUCUAAGAGAAGAACUAUAUUUUUUUAUUAAAAGAAAUUAUUUAAGUGACUAUUUUGAAGAUUGUAAUUUCAGAUAUUUUUUUGAGAAAUUUAUAAUACUUAUUAACAAUGUCAACAUUAAAUGUAAGAAAGAUUUUGAAGAUGAUAUUUAUAAAAUAAGAGAAAGUGAAAGUGAAAGUGAAAGUGAAAGUGAAAGUGAAAGUGAUUAAAAAAAGGCUUAAAGUCUUAUAAUCUAAUUAUAAGAUUAUAAGACGUCAUGUCUAACCAAGCAAAUGGUUCGUGGGGUAGUACACCCUUUGUUACAGAUAAACAAUUUCAGAAUUUGUCUUUAGAUGAAAUAAAAAAUUUAAUAGAAGAAGAAAAAGAAGGACUUAAGAAAGAUUAUAAGGAAUUAGGAUCAAGAAAAAGAUUAAUUAAACAAUAUAAAAAAUUGGUAAAAGCUAGAGAAAAAGUAAGAAAAGGUAUUGAUAUAAAAAAAGAAAUUAAAAAACCUAAAACCCCCGUUGUGGAGACUCAACAUUAUAAAAAGAAAAAGAUAAAAACAUUUGAUGAGUAUUUUGAGGAAUGUAUAAAAAAUAGAGAGAUUCCAAAAGAUACUCCUCCUUAUUUACGUAAAGCUCUUGAGCGUGCUAAUUUUGAACAUUAUGAAUUAGGACUUGAAAAAGAAAAAUCAUCUCUUGAAGAAUUUGCUGUUAAAUAUAUUAUUCGAGGAAUUUUUGGUUUAACUCCAAUGGAGUUUUUUGAGAGAAUACAUAAAAAUUUAAAAGAUUUUUUUACAUUCCAUCGAAAUAUAAAAUUUAAGAUGGUAUUGGUUUGUAUUAUGGAAAAACAAAAUAUUUCACAAAGUGAUGGUGUUAUAGGAAUAGAAGAUAAUAAAGCUUACUUUCAUUCAGGAACACAUAUUAAUAUUAAAUCCACAGAUGUUGACAAAUUAAUUCAAAUAUGUAAAGAUGAAAUUGAAGGAAAUAUUGAAGCUUAUCAAGCAGCUGGAAGUGCAUGGCAUUUUAAAGAAGUUGAUAAACUUGAAAUUCAUACUGUUGAAUAUAAUCCAGCGAAUGGGUCGUCUUACAUUCCUCUUCCUGAUUGGAUAACAAAUAAAAAAGCAAUAGUUAAUAUUCAAAACAAAGAUGAAAAAUGUUUUCUUUGGUGUAUACUAAGAUAUCUUCAUCCAAGAGAAGAUAAUGAUUAUCGAUUAACAGAUUUAAAAAAGUAUGAAAAUUCUCUUAACACUAAUGGAAUUAUUUUUCCUAUGAAAUUAAAAGAUAUUUCCAAAUUUGAAAAACUUAAUCCAGAAAUUCCAGGAAUUAAUGUUUUUUCAGUUAAUGAGAAUAAAAUAUUUUACCCUUUGAAAAUGGCAGAAAAAGACUGUAUAAAUACUAUUGACUUAUUUUUAUAUGAAGAAGAUGGUGUUUCACAUUAUUCACUAAUUAAAAAAUUUAAUCGUUUGAUUAAGUCUCAAAAAACCAAAGGUAAGGAAAAAAUAUUUAUUUGUAAAAAGUGCUUUACUCAUUACACUAAAGAAGAAUUAUUACAAAAACAUAUCUUAUAUUGUUCAAAUAAUGAAACAGUGGUUGUCAAAAUGCCUAAACCAAAAACAAUGUUAAAUUUCAAAAAUUACUACAAACAACUUCCUAUUCCUUUUGUAGUUUAUGCAGAUUUUGAAUGCUUUACUAAACCAUUAAAUAAUUGCAGCCCUAACCCAGAGAAUUCUUAUACUUACAACUACCAAAAACAUGAACCUUCAGGAUUUUGUUUGUAUAUUAGGGGAAUAGUACCAAAUAUAACAAUUAAACCAAUUAUUUAUACAAAAAACAAUAAUGAUGAUAAUGUAGCUGAGAUAUUUGUAAAUAAACUCGAAGAAGUAACUAAAAGUAUUUAUAAUGAUUUUUAUCUUCGACCAAAACCUCUUUGUUUAACAAAAGAAGAAAAAAUAUCAUUUAAUAAAGAGAAUUUUUGCCACAUUUGUAAGAUGGAAUUAAAAACUGACAAAGUUAGAGAUCAUUGUCAUUUUACAGGACAAUACCGUGGAGCUGCACAUAACAAAUGUAAUCUUAAGUGUAGGAAGCCAAUGAUUCUUCCAGUUAUAUUUCAUAAUCUUCAAGGUUAUGACGCACAUUUGUUUAUAAAGCAACUUGCUUGUUUACCAGGUGAUUUAAACUGUAUUCCAUCAACAGAGGAAAAAUAUAUUUCGUUUUCGAAAAAUACAUAAUGACUAUCCUCUAGCACCAGAGAAGAUGAUUGUAAAUGGUGUUGAAAAGUUAAUUAGUCAUUUCAAACCAAGAAAAAACUAUGUUGUACAUUAUCGUACUCUUAGACAAUGUCUUGAGUUGGGUAUGAGAAUUACUGCUGUUCAUAGAGGAAUAUCAUUUUAUCAGUCUCCUUGGAUGGAACCAUAUAUCAGAAAAAAUACUGAACUUAGAAUGCGUGCAGCCAAUAAUUUUGAGAAAGACUUUUUUAAAUUAAUGAACAAUAGUGUUUUUGGAAAAACAAUAGAAAACAUAAGAAAAAGACAAAAUAUAAUUCUGGUGGAUAAUCGUAAGAAAGCUGCAAAAUUAACAAGUCGUCCAAACUUUGAAAGAGCAACAAUAUUUGAUCGCAAUCUUAUCGCAGUUCAUAUGAAAAGGACUGAAGUUUAUUUUAAUAAACCAGUAUAUGUUGGUCAAGCAAUUUUAGAUUUAUCAAAAACACUAAUGUUCAAUUUUCAUUACACAUACAUUAAAGAGAAAUAUGGUAAAAAAGCAGAAUUAUUGUUUACAGAUACGGAUAGUCUUAUUUAUCUAAUUAAUACAAAAGAUUUUUAUAAAGAUAUAAGUCCUGAUAUUUUAAGCAAGUUUGACACGUCUGAUUAUCCUUCCAAUCAUGAAUCUGGUAUACCAACAGGAGUAAAUAAAAAAGUUAUAGGAAUGUUUAAAGAUGAAGUAGCAGGAAAACAGAUAACACAUUUCGUUGGAUUGCGUCCCAAACUUUAUAGUUUUAGAAUUGAAGAUGAAAGGGAAGUCAAAAAGUGUAAAGGAGUAAAGAAAAAUGUUGUGAAAAAGAAAUUAGAUUUUGAUGAUUAUGUUAAAUGUCUAUUUACAGGUGAGAAAGAAAUGAGAAGUAUGAAAAUAAUAAGAAGUGAAAAACAUGAUAUAUAUUCUAAAGAAGUUAACAAAAUAGCUCUAAGUAAUGAAGAUGAUAAGCGCAUUGUUUUAGAGGAUAAAGUGCAUACUUUGGCUUUUAGAUAAAAAAAUUAUUUAAAAGUAAAUAAAGUAUUAAAUAAUAAAUGUCUUAUACAGAAGAAGAAAUAAAAAAAUAUUUAGCUAUACUUCAUAAUUAUAAAAAACCUAUUCAACAAGUUAGUAAAAAAGCACAAUGUUUAAAUUGUAAAAAUACUGAAUUUUUUACAAUAGAUUCUGGCCUCAAAAUUUGUGAAAAAUGUGGUGCAGAAAACGGUCAUGUAUUAGGAUUAUUUGAUGUAAAAGAUUUGGAUAGGUUGCAUUAUAGAAAAAAGAGUAUUUACCAUAGGAAAUACCACUAUGAGAAAAAGGUAAAUGAAAUUUCUAAAAGAAUAAACCUAACUGAUGAAGAAAAAUGUGAACUUUACGAUAAACUAACAAAAAUAGAUAAUAAUAUCAUGGAAAUACUAAACAAGCAAUACUUCAGAAAGAGAAUGAUAAAUAUUAAUUAUUUAACCAAAAAAAUUUUGGAGGAGAUGGGUUGUGAAAAGUAUAAACUUAUUGAACUUAAGAUUAGUUUUCUAACUUUAGAGAUUUAUGAAAAAUGGUGGGAUUGUUAUAAAGGGUUAAAUAAAUAAUUUUAUAUUUUUAAAAAUAUAAAAUUUAAUCUUUUAUAAUUUGAGAGAGGAGUGUCAGUGAGAUCUCUUAAUAGAUAACUUAUUUUAGAGUCAGUGGGUUUUUUAAUAGAUAAGUAUAACAAUUUUUACAAAUACACACUAGCUUGCAUCCUUUUCAAAAUCAACUUCAUAAUCAUCAAUUCUAUCCUGAAAAAAUAAUGAUCGGGCUAAUAAAAAUAACUCUUCAUUAUUUGAUAAAUUUAACAAUUUUUUAUCAUAUUUCAUGUUUAUUAAUAUUUUAAUACUAUUUUGUGCCAUUUUUAGACGAAAAUACACCCUUUGUUUUUCAUCAAAUUCAUUUAGUUUAAUUUUAAGGCAUUUUUCAAACUCUUCAAUAUUAUGUUUUACUAGUUCAAAAUACCUUUUUUCAAAACUUUCAUUACUUUCUCCUUUAAUAUCUUCAAGAAUAGUAGCAAUUUGUUGAUGGGCUUCCAUUUUAUUUAAUAAAUAUAUAAAAAAUUUUUUUCUAAAAUAAUUCACAUCUUCAAGACUACAUUUAUAUAAUGUCAUUUCAUAUUUUGGUUUAACUGUAGGUUCUUUUAAUAUUAACUCAUGAAUUGGACUUAAGUUACACCUUUUAUGAUCAUUAUGUCUUUUCAUAAGGUCUAAUGAACUAGUAUAACCUAUAUAAUAUUUUUGUGAAGCUGGAAAGUAAUAAGAGUAUAAAUGAAAAUUUUGUUUGUGGAUGUGUGCCAUUUAUUAAAAUAGAUUAUAUAUUUUUUUAAAAAAUAUAAAAUUUAAUCUUUAGAGAUAAGUAUACCCAGUAUCAAAUACACUAAAAAUAUCUAAAAAUGAUUAUAUUAUUCCUUUAUGAAAACACCAGUAAAUUAUUCCAGUUAGAUAACCAAGUACUUCACAUUCUUUGAAAGGUGAGUUGAUUGCAUACACACAUCCUCUUCCAAUCCUAUAGUGUUUCCAGAAAGCUUUAAAAGCUAGGCUGAAUAUUAGAUGGUUUGUAAUGAUAUUUGAAUCAGAAUUUAGGUAGUGUUUUGCUUUUGUCAGUCUGUAAAUAAUUUGAUCUAUGUCUAGUUUUUGAGAGAAAUACUUUGCGUAGAGAAAUUGGUAUAUUAGACAAGCUUUAAUGAAGUUAUCUGGAUAAAAUUGUGUUUUAUAAGUUGAAAAGUAAAGAUUAACAUAUUCUACAAUUGUACUAAUCAUUUCUAUCUUAUGAAUAGAUAGAAAUGCCACCGUACCCAAAAUGGGGGUGGAGAACUUUUAAAAUCCAAAUGUUGGGGGUAUGAAACACCCCCCAAUGUGGGGUGGGGGGUUUCAACAUUUUCUAUUUAAUUUAAAUAGAAAAUAUUUUUCCGUCGAAUCGACGGGUCAGGUCAAGAGAUGGAUUAUAUAUUCAUGUAAGUGAAAAUCACAACCAGCACGAAACGCACUGUUGCUCUAUGACUUAUUUUUUAGAAACUGUUAAAAAUAUUUAAUUAAUGGGUUUUUAUAAAGGGGGCGUCCAGACGACGGGGGGUUUAAACUUAGUAUUUUAAUCUAUAUUUUCAAAUUUUUUUUUAUACUUCUCUACAAAGUUAUCAGCACUUGAUGGGCAAUGAUCAAUUAUUAUUUCAUCUAAUAUUUUAAUACGAUCUAUAAAUUCUUCCUUAUUCCACUCAUCUCCUCUGAGUGCUGAUCGUAAUUCAACUAGCACUUUCUCAUAAGUAGUAUAAGCCAGCUUUGAUGUUUCUAUCUUUUUCUUAAAAUCCUUCUUUUUUGCUAUCCCACCCACAAUUAUUCCUGCACCGUUGAUUACUCCAAGAAUAAUAGGAUUAAGUGUCAACCCUCCUGUGAUAGUGCCUACAGCAAUAAGAGACAAACUAGAAAUAGUAAAAAAAUUAUCUAGAAAUUUAUAAGAUUUAUAAGAUUUCUUAUAACACCAAUGUUUUUUAUGGUAAUGUUUAUAAAGGUCUUUUAUAGUUUCUCUUUGCUCUUCUGAUAAAGAUUUAUCAAUAUGAUUAAAUUCAAAAAUACUCUUUUUUUUAAUACUAUUUCUUUUCAUUUAUAUUUAGAUUACAUAACUUCCAUUUAACUUUUCUUGAAGCAUUACUUUGUGAAAUUGCUCAGAGCCGAUGUCGUAAAAUUUUAGAGAGUACAUUAAUCUUAAUAUCACUCCAUCUUCAGUUGUAAACUCCCAACGUUGAUUAGCAUUGUAUUGAACAGCUGGUAUAGUUAAUGUUCCGCUGUAGUUACUUAUUGAAACUUUUGUAACAUUUGCACUAAAAUUUUCUGUUAGCCAUAAAACAAUUAUUUUUCCAUUAAAACUACUUAGCAUGGUAAAAUUUUGAGUUGUUUUGUUGACAGUUAAAGUUACUUUAUUGUUUGAUUUAUUGUAAUCCAAUUUUACUAAAAUAUUAUUGUUUGUUGAUAAAUAUUUAGUUAGGGUAAAACUCCUAUUUCUCCAAUGAGUAAAAACAAUACAUAAAGUAGAUUUUGAAGAAUGUGAAGGAGAAAAAGUAAUAUCAUAACCAUUAACAUGUAAUCCUUUUUCUGAUAUUUCACUUAGGUCUUUAUUAGGUGGUAGUGUUAUAUUAGGUUUCACAGAAUUAAUAAUAACUCCAGAUGAGCCUAUAUUUAUUCCGUAAGUAUCCGCAUCAGCAAAGUCAUAGAACGCACUAAAGUAUAAUCUAUACAAAGCAUUUUUAGUGUGAGGAGCUAGUUCUUUUACCAUUGCAACUGUUGCAGCACUAUUGUUAUUGCUUCUAUCGAGAUUAAUGUUUAAUAUUUUUUUUUGAUUUGCAUUAAUAUCAACAUUGUACACUACUUCUGUUGGUUUAAUAUCAAAUGCGGUGCGAUAGUCGUAAACUUUAUCUGGAUCGAUAUUGCUAAAUGUACCCAUAAUACCAUAGGCAAUGAUGUAAACUCCUUCAAAAAAUAACGGAUACGCAUUCAGAUUAUAUCCACCACGAAGAAUAUCAACCAAAAUGUGAAGAAAGAACUUAUUCCCAGAUGACAACUUUCGGAAAUUAACUAUUAUUCUGUGGUAGUACAUAGUUUGUGUUUUCCCUGUUGCAUCAGUAUACUUAUGGGAUAGUUUUUUUACAAUUACAUUUCCAAUUGACAAUCCUGUUGAAGUUCCUUUGUCAACACUUAUUUUACUAUUAUUCCAAAGAUUAUAAUCAGUGUUGAGUAUUUCCAAACACAACGUGUAAUCAGUAUUUGCAGUUAGUCUGUAAAAAUUAAUUCCCAUCUUAUAAAUAUAUUUACCUAGAUGAUUUUUGACUAUAGACAUGUAAAUAACUUUGUGGUUAUAGUCAUGAAAAUUACCUUUGUUUGGUGGUAAAUCUCUUAUACUUUUUAUAAGUAAACUAACUCCUCCAUCUAUUUCAUCAGUCCAUUGAGACCCACUUGACAUGAGAUAAGCAAACUCAUCUUUAUAAUGACUUGGUUGAACUGCAGUAAGAUGAACUAGAUUGUCGACAUAACCUUUGUUUACUGAGUCUGUGUCUUGGGUUGGUGCUCCCAGAUUCUGUAUUUUAUUACCUCCAAGGUUGACAUCAGCUUUUAUAACCCCACUUAUUACAAUUUUAGGUGUGUUGAUUUCUAUUCUCUUAAGUGGUUUGGUUAUUGCUUUUGGUAAAUCAGUGAAUAGCCGACAAGUGAUAGCAGUGUGAUUUGAAUUGUUAUGGGUUCUUAGUUUUACUCCUGACAUAUUAUAAUUCCAAGACUUGUGAAUAUUUAAUGACCAAGUGCCAGUGCGAUUUCCACUUACCCAAAAGUUAGAAUUGGAAUGAGAGGUAUCUGUGGGAAUAAACCACAAAAAGUCAACGUUUAUAUUUCGCGAACCAAAUUGAAAUUCUAUUUUGUUAAUGUAUGUAUUAGCAGUUGGUGCCCACCCUACAAGAGGUUGACCAGGUGCUGAUGUUGUAAAAACAAAAUCAUCAAAUGAUGAACCUGAGAUAUAUUGUAGAUACAAAGUCGUUGCCGCAGCUGGAUCUGUUAUAGUAAAUACACCACUUGUUCCAUCUCCAGAAUGAUGAUCAAAUCUUUCUAUUUGUUUACGAACCCAUCCGCGAUUAGCAGCUUGUUGAUCUGUGGUGGGGUCACUGAGGUUAACUAUUUUAUUGUUGUUAAGAUUUAAGUUUCCAGUCAUAGCGUCGGUACCAUCUUUUUCCAAGUAAUCACUUAAAUCUGGAGCAACUGUGUUGUCAUCAACAUAUUUUUUAGUUGCAGCAUCUGUAUUUGAUGUUGGAGUAGCAAGACCAACUAUUUUUUUGUUUCCAAGAUUUAGGUUACCAGUCAUAGUAACGGUACCAUCUUUUUUCAAAUAAUUACUUAAAUCUAAACUGCUUCCACUACUUCCACCAGAAGAAGUUUUAUCAUCCACAUAUUUUUUAGUUGCAGCAUCUGUGGAGGCUGUUGGUGGUCUAAGGUUAAUUAUUUUUUUAUUAUCCAUGUUUAGAUUAUUAGUCAUUUUAUUUGUUCCAGCAACGUGGAGAUACUUCAUAUCUGUGAAAGCUAAUGGUGUUGGUUGAUUGGAACCUGUUGGAGCUGGCAGAUUUAAUAUUCGAUUGUUGUCCAUAUUAAGAUUUCCUUUCAUUGGGUAAGAUCCAUCUGUGUCAAGAAAUGUGUUGUCUACGUAAUAUUUUGUUGCUGGAUCUUUAGAAUCCUGUGGUGCGACAAGAUUUGUAAUUCGGUAGCGGUCCUUCAUAUCAAUGUUUGAAUCAACUGUUAGCUGUGAUGUUUUGGGUGAUCCACUAGAAUUAUCAUCAACAUAUUUUUUUGUUGCGGCGUCAUCAUUAGCUGUUGGUGUGCCAAAUUUAAUUAUUUUAUUAUUAUUCAUGCUUAGAUUGCCAAUCAUUGUUCGUGAACCAUUUCUGUCAAGAAAACGACUGUCUGAGUAUUGUUUUGUGGCUGGCUCAUCUGAGUCAACCGGAUGUUUGAGGUUUAAAAUACGAAAGCGGUCCUUCAUAUCAAUGUUUGAAUCAACUGUUAGUCGUGAUGUUGAGGGAGUUCCAGUGGAAUUGUCAUCAACAUAUUUUUUUGUAGCAGCAUCAGUAUUAACACUAGGUGCGCCAACAUUUCUUAGUUUUUUAUUUAUCGUAUCAUAAUCUCCACUUGAAGUUAGAUUAAAACCAACUCCUGGUGCUCCUUGUAUUCCCUUAGCAAAGGGAUGAUCUAAAGAUUGUUCGUUAAAUAUUCCCAUUUUAAUUAUUGGUUAGAUUACCAGUAAAGUUUUUUGCAAUACGUUUUCUUGGUUUAUCAACGUAUAGAAAUGAAUACGGUUUUUUAGUUGCUGAGUGGUAAUCUUCUUUAUUAACUCCCAACUCAGAUGAUAUUCUGUUGGCUUCCCUUGAUGAUGGAAAUUCGUACAGGCAGUAAUGAGAACAAUUCAACCGAAUGUCCUUUGGAGUUUUGUAAAACGAUUGACUGAGAUACACCACCGAACAAUUCUUAUGUCGUCCUUGAAUAAAAUAAUCAAUCAGUUGUCUCUGGUUUUUAUCACAAACAUAGUCAUCGAAUAUCACAAGUUUUUGAUUGUCUUCGUAAUCCAUUUCUGACACUGGGAUUAUUUCAUCAUUACUUACAUGAAGUAUUUCAUAUCCCAGUUUAUGACUUAACUCUCUCAUUUUUUGAAUUAGCUUUUGAUACAAAUCCUGUUCUAAAUUACGCGCGUAAAGAUAAAUUUCAUCAUAAUACAACAAUGGUUUAAUUAACAUAUGGUACAACAAAUUAGUCUUACCACUUCCACUGUUUCCACAAAUUAACAUCCGAAAUGUGUCUGAUGGCAUAUAAGGAAAUAAUUGUUUAUAUUUUUUAUCUGGGUUGUCACCACUAUCAUAGUUUGGUAUUUCCAUUUAUCUAAAGAAUAUAUAAAUGAAUAUUGAAGAAUACAAAAAACUUGCAAGAAAUAAAAUUGAAGCAGAUGCUUUGACUCGACAGGUGAGAGAUGUUAUAAAAACAACAAAAUGGCAAAAACAAGAUGCUCGGGAAGGUUUCAGAGAGACAUUUAAACCACUUAUUAAAUCUCAAGAUAGUAUUAAAAAAAGUAUUGAUGAGCAGCAAAACGCAACUAUAGCUCAACUUAAAGCUAAUCAACUUGCUCUUACACAAGGUCUUAAUCAAAACAGACUUGCUAUAACUGAAGGAUUUGAUAAAAUGGAUGAAGUAAAAAAAUGGGAUUUGGCUCAAUUACCUGGUUUUGAAGAGUCUAAAGAAGAUGAUGGUGUUUUACCCUCUACAUCAGAUGAGGGACCAAAAAUAGCAAAAUUUACACCUGAAGAUCUCGAUAGAUAUUUAAUGAGUAAGAAUCACAAGAUAUACUUAAAAAUAACGAAUAUUACAAACUCCCUUCUGAGUAUUUUAAAGAGGAUGUUUCUACAAUUAAUAAAGUAAUUGAAGAUGUUCACGAAGAUUUAGAAAAUACUACUAAAGCAAUAAAAAAUACUGCAUUUUUCACACGUGACUCAAACGGCUAUAUUUUAGCUAAACCAAUUAGUAAAAAACCACAUGAAAACACAAUAAAAUUUAUACAAAAUUUUAACAUAUUAAGCAUAUAUGCAACAAAUUUAAGUAAUCUUAAGUAUUAUAAAACAAAAUCUGGCUCUGGAAUGAUUUACUUUAACAACCCACAUGAACUUCUAGACAGACUUGAAUUACUAGGUGGUUCAAUUCUUGCUGGUAAUAAUGGUGUGAUACCUGAAUUUUCUCAAAUCGCACAUCUUCUCAACCAAAUGAAAGUAAUCUCAAAAAAACAACUGAAUGAUUUACUAAAAACUUAUAUAACAAUUAUAUAAAAUGGAAGAACGAGCUAUCCACAUUUCCUCAAUAAACAGGGAAAAAAGAGGAACCAGCAGACCUGGUGAUUUUACUAUCAAGUUUAAUCCAACUCUUAAACUUGACCCUGAUAAAAAACACCAACUUGCUCUUGAUCGGUUGUCCAUGACUUAUUCUUGGUAUAAUAUUAGAAGUGAUUAUGGAAACAAUAAAAUCAAAUACACUCAUGAUGGAUCUACCUGGCAAACAAUUACUUUUACAGAUGGAAUGUACUCCUACUCAGAUAUUAAUGAUUACAUUCAUCAAUAUAUGUCUCAAAAGUCUCAUCACUCAACAGAUUCGGGUGGAAAGAAAACUUAUUCAAUCAAUCUAACUUUUAUACUAUCUACCUAUCGAGUUCUCAUAUCACUUGAUGGUGAUUAUCAACUUGAUCUGAGAGGAACAGAAUUUGGGGACCUAAUUGGAUUUGAAAAGAAACUUAUUACAAAAACAGAGUAUGGCACAAAACUACCAAAUAUAACAAACUCGAUUGAUGUACUAAAUAUAAACACAACCGCAAUAACUAAUAGCAUUGUAAAUGGAAUAAAUACAAAUACUAUUGCUGUAAUACCAACAGACAAUCUCACAAGGUCUUUUCCAUUUACGUUUGAACCUAAAAGACCAUUGUAUUGUGAUGUCUCUUCAUUUCACAUUGAUGAAAUGAGAAUCUAUGUUACAGACUCACUUGGAAGACCAGUAAAUUUUAACGGUAUAGAUUGGUUUAUGACUUUGAUACUCCAUUCAAUGUAAUAUAACUAUUAAAAUAAAAUGAUGCGACAAUCAGAGUUUAAAAUGAAACUUGACCCUGAAAUGGGUAGAUAUACAAGACAACAUAUUUAUGGAGAAGGAAUGAUGGAUGUUUUUAAAUCAGUUGGUAAAAAAAUAUUUGGAAAAACAAUGAAAAAAGCUGCUAAAAGAGGUGCUAAAAAAGCGGUAACAAUGGCUGCAACAAAAACUGGUGAACAUGUUGGUAAAAAGGCUGGUGAUAAGAUAGUGCAAAUGUUAUCAAAAGAAAAGGCUGCACCCUCCAACAAAAAAGUUACUUUUAAUAAAAAUGUUGAAACAAUAAGCCAACAAGAGAUAGAUCAAACAUUGAAUAACCUUCUUAGUGGAGGUUCAACACGUAAGAGAAAGUUAUAUAAUUAUUAAAAUAAAAUGAAGUCUUUUAGAAAUCCAAAAUAUUUAGAUAGAUAUGAGGAUGUUGUAUUUGACCUGGAACAGUCUCUAGAUACGGCUCCAGCAAAUGGUGCGCACCAAACUAAAACAGGUCUUAGAUUUGUUGCUGAUAACACAGGAGAAACUACUCCUUUUGAUUGGUAUAACGCAAGGCUGUCAAUGGAUUUUAAAGUAAAUAAGUUGGCAGAUGGAGGAAAUUUAGCGAUUGCUGACCAUAACGGAAUUGUAAAUGGUAGUAACUCAUUUAUAGAAAAAUUAAGUAUCCUAGCAAAUGGACGAGAAGUUUAUAGUUGUAACUACGCAAAUCAUGUUGUAAAUAUUAAAAAUCUUCUUGAGUAUAAUCCUUCAUAUGCUGAGAGUGUUGCUACAAACGAAUUAUAUUUUCUUGAUACAUCAAAAAAUGCAGAGGAAAGAGAAUUUGAAGUUAGUGGCACAAAUCAGUUAGCUAAAAGAAAAACAACUUAUAAUAAAGGUUUUCAUAAAAGAAAAUUACUGCUAGGUACAUCAGCCACAGUAAACUGUGAAAUUCCUCUUAAUAGAUAUUCUUUCUUUGAAGCAUUGGAAGAUAAAUUACUUCCAAAUACAAAAAUUGAGCUAAAUAUCGAAAUUGAAAAAGAUGCAAAUUUAAUUUUUCAAGCAGCUGAUAAUUGUACAGUUAUUUUUAACAAGACUACAACUUUUUAUUCCAAAACUUACGUUUAAUUCAGAAGGGCAAAAGUUGUAUAUGGAAAAUUAUCUUAAACCUUACAAAUGGAUAUAUUUGAAUGAAGUAGUUGAGCGAUCAAAUAAUUCACAACAACAGACAGGACAUUUUAGAAUUACAAAUGCUAUUUCAAAACCAAGACAUGUAUUUGUUUUUGGAAUUAACACAGCAAGAAUCGAUUCACAAACAGCAAAUCCAUUUUUAUACGACACUUUUAAUCUACCAAAUAAUGCUAAUAUAAGAGAUUGCUACCUGGAAGUUGCAAAUGGAAAUGAAUACCCAAAUAUUCAUUUUAAACCUUCUACAGAUAUGUCAAGAGUUUUUAGAAAUGUAAUGUCAUACGUCUACGCAAAUAAUGAUUAUCAAGGUGGAACAUUACUUCAUAUAGGUAAUUUCAAAUCUUUAUUUCCUUUUGUUUACUUUGACCUAACAAAACAAAAAAUGGAUAUCAAAGAUGGUGUUACAAAAUUAGCAUUUCAUUACGAAUUAACUGCUAAUCCAAACGCUGAUUAUAAUAUUUACGCAUUAGUAUUACAUGAAAGAAUAGCAGAAAUAUCACAACAGGAUGGAAAACUAUUGCUUCGUGCUUAAUCUAAAAAUAAAAUAAAAAUGGCAAAUCCUUUUGAUAUAUAUCCACCAGUAACUUUAGAAAAAUAUCCUUUUUUAAAAGAAAAUAAAUACUUUGAAUAUGUUAUAAACUUAACUCCAUCACAAAUAAAAGAAUUUGGAAAAAACAAUAUUAUAACUUUAGACUUUACAUCUAAUAAAGAACCUUAUAAAGUUUUUCUUACAAAUACCCAAAUCAAAAAAGUAGAAGUUGCAAAAAAACUUAAUAAAAAAGUUGAUUUAAAAUUCAGUAAAACUCAGUUUAAAAAAACUUUGCCUUAUGUUACUAGAUUAAAUCAUUCGCUGAUAAAGCAACGAGAUAAAGAUCGACUUGAGAUUUUAAAAACAGAAAAUGCUAGGAAAGCCAAAAAAUUAAAGAAAUUAAAACAACAAUACCAACUAGAGACUUUAAAAACAGAAAAUGCUAAUAAAGCAAAAAAAUUAAAGAAAUUAAAACAACAAUACCAACUUGAUAAAUUUGUUAAAAAUACACUAAAAAAAUAUAAAGUACCUAAACCUAAACCUAAGAAAAGUAUAUGGGAUGUAGUUAAAUUUCCUGAACCACUUGUUAUCUAAAUAAUAAAAUAAAAUGACUACUUAUUUUGAAUACGGUGUAAAACUUACAGAUGGGCAAAAGUCAAAACUGGCUUCUGCAAUAUUAAAUAAAUCACCACUAACUCUUCGAUUAAAACACUCACAUCUUCGAGGUUCUGAUGAGUUAAUGCUUACUCAAAGACAAAUUUCUAAAAUAAAAAAAUCUAUUGAAAACGGAACAGGAUCGGAAAUAAAGAUAAGUAAAACACAGAUUAGACGUUCUGUAAAACAUGGUGGAAACUUAUUUUCAUCACUUGCUUUUCUUGGAGCAAGAGUACUACCAUAUGCAGUAAAAGGAAUUUCAAAAGUUGCUCCUGCAUUAGCAACUGGCGCUGCAACAGCACUUGGAGAAAUUGGAUUAAAUAAGAUAUUUGGAAAAGGAAUCACAAUUCCCCCACAGUUUUUACCAAUGUUGCCACCUCUUGUAAGAGAAUUUACCAAAUCACAAAUAAAUCAAAUUAACAAAGCUUAUCAAACAGGUGGGCGAUUGGUAAUUAAACCAACUCGUAAACAGAUAGAAGGAGGAUUUCUUGGAACUCUUGCAUCUAUUGGUAUCCCAAUGGCAAUUAGUUUAGUAUCUAAGAUGUUUGGUGGGGGCCUGCAGGUUGAUAGACGAGGAUCAUCUAAUACAGCAAAUGUUUACGUUCCACAUCCUCCUCCUCCACCCACACAUGGUGAAGGUUAUCCUUAUUACCCACCACCCUUUAUCGGUAAAUGGUCCAACCCAAUUGGAAUGGGAGUUAAAAAAAAAAAGUCCAAAUCCAAAGGCAAGGGUCUGCUAUUAAGAAAAAACAGCCCAUUCAACUCAAUUCCUAUUCUCGGAACCAUUUUGUAAUUAAGGCGUUGUCCAACUUUGACCUCAUGGAAUGGAUAAAAAGACUUGGUAUUAAACAUUUCAGAGGAAUAUACAGUAGGGAUAGACUACCAAACAGGAUAAGAAAAGAAUGUGGAAUAAUUAAUCUUGAUGAUAUGAAAGGUCCUGGCACACACUGGGUUUGUUACAGAAAUCUGGAUUCAGUGGUUGAGUACUUUGAUCCUUUCGGUCUAAUAAUGCCAAAUGAAGCAUUAAAGUAUUUUCAUACUUCUGGAAAACGUAUAGUUUACUCAACAGAUGAAAUACAAAAUCGUAGUACUGUUCUAUGUGGUUAUUGGUGUUUAUAUUAUCUGUUUGAGAGACAGCGGGGUAGUAGUAUUUUGGAUGUAAUACAUAACCCACAUUUUGACAACGACAACAGCGAUUUUAUAAAGGCAUACUUUGGAGGGUAAUAUAUUUUUGAUAUUAAAAUUAAUAUCAAAAAUUAAAUAUUUUUCUCAAUUCUAUGAAUAACCUUGUAAUGUUUAUUUAGCGUUUUUUUGUUACGAAAUGCUUUUGGACAGUAUUUACAAAUAAUACGAACACCAGCCAUAUACUUAUGGAUAAGUUUGGUGAUCUUAUCGUAAUCAUUACUUAGAAUAAAUGCGUAAUCAUUACUACGAUACUUUUCUUUCAUCUUCAGUUGAGAUUCUGUUACACAGUAAUUGUUAGUUGGUGAUUUGAAUUCGAUACAGAGACCUUUAUAUUCCCUGUGAUAAUCUAGAAUCAUUAGAUCUGGUUGUCCUCGUUGAUAUCCUUUUUUAUAGGAAUCUAGUCUUUUUUCCUCUGUAUCUUGAUUCUCUCCCAAUCCAGCUACUAAUAUAGAAUCUGGAUAAUAAUUUCUAAUUAGUUGAACUACUUUGUAAUGAAGGUCUGUCUCAUUACCAAUCAUUAUCAUCUUAUUCCAAGGACUAUCAAACAUUUUGUACUGGCCAUAUUUACGGAUGGAUGGAAGAACAGUAGUAAAUACCCAAUCACGAAAUUUUUUAGUAGCUUCUAAUUUAGAACUAAAUACAAGUUCAUAAAAACCGGCCUCAUCUAUGAAUAUACAAUAUUUUCCUCUGGUGUCAUUUUGUUGACGCCCUGUUUCAGGGCCCCUGGUGUCAUUUUGUUGACCCGGUGUUUUACUGGGGAAACAUUUUACUUUGGUGUCAUUUUGUUGGGGUCGCGUUUCACGACCCCUGGUGUCAUUUUGUUGACGCCCUGUUUCAGGGCCCCAAUACAAUUUAAGCAUUUUAUGGUUAUUAGAUACAUGUCUCUCAAUAGCAUUUCGUGGUUUACUAUAUCCAAGAAUCUCAGCAACAUCCUUUCCUCGAAACCAAACAUUUUGCUGUUUGUCAAUAUAAGAAUUCAUUUCGAUUCCUAAUUCGUUAUUAGCAAACUUUUUCUCCGACAUGUUUGUCAUUUAUAUAAUAAUUGUAUUCUUUAAAUUAGUUUUAUUCACUAUCAUCUGGCAAAUUCUUUAGUUUCUUAACACUCUCAACUUUUUUAUUUAAAUCUUUAACACUUUCAACUAUUUCAUCAAAUUUCAAAUAAAUUUCAAUAAGACGAAAAAGUUUAUUCUUUAUAUCACUAUCUAUUUUCAACCAAGAAUAUUCCUCAUUUUGAAUUUUUCCCCACAUCUCACAUUCACCAGCCAUUAGUAUUCUAGAAAGAUCAUCAUUAGUUUUUCUAAGAGUUUCAAACUCAUUUACUAUUUUUUUUCUUAAUUCUUUCUCAAAAUCUUUGAGUGUUUUAACAUCCAUCUUUUUUUCUAUCUCAGAAAAGAAUUUGGCUUCCAUUUGUUAUAUGAAUAGAUAAUUACCUUUUACAACUUUGUUGAGAGUAUUUGAUUUCUCACUUAUUUCCAUAAGCAACUCAAAUACUUUUAUAAAUUUAAUGUCAUUUUCCAAUCUAGCAAAAUCAGCAUAUUCAUAACUCAUGUUAAGUACAUUAUAUAUCUUUUGAAGUUCACUUUUCAAAAAAUUAGAUCUAGUAGUCAUACUUCGUAUAUGUAUUUUAUCUAAACAUUAUACUAAAUGAAAGAAUCAUAUUGUAUUGUAGAUAAAAGAGUAACCCCUUGCACAGAGCCAAGUGGUUACCAAACAGAUAAAAGAGGUAGAACUCAAUUCUUUUGCAGAUGCGCAGUUUGUGGAAAUAAAAAAGUUAGAUAUGUGAAAACUGGAUCAACUUCUCAAAGUGGAAGUGGAAAAAAGAGAAAAACAAAAAAGAAGUCAAAAAACUAGUAAGCCCGUCAGUGAUGGCGGGCAAAGGUUUUUCUGAUGCUUUUGGACCAAUCAAAACAGGAAUAAAUGUGGGACAAAAAAUUUCAGAAACCUUGUUUCCUCAAACAAAGCAAACAUUUAAAGAUUAUUGGUCUGGUGAUAUUGCUAGAGGUGUUGUUAAUUCAGAAGAUGGCAUAUUUACUUCCAAUUUCUGGACGGGUGAAACAAGGGUCUUUCGUUACGGUGGUAAAAAAUUUUAUCUCAAAAAAGGUAAUCCUAUAAUGAUUGUCAAGAAAAAUGGCAAACAAAUUGGAUAUGAUCAUGUAAAAGAUUUUUUUAAUGAUGGUUUAGGAACUAACAAAAUAUACAAAUCUUUAGCUGAAGUUAAAAAUAAAUACGGUUCAGGUCUUUUUGACACAGUAGUUGGUACAGCAGUUGACGGAUUUGUUCAUUAUGGUUUACCUUGGAUGGGUAAAAAAGCAGUUGAAAUGGGGCGAUAUGGAGCAAGCGAGUUAAUGAGAAAUAAAAAUCUUCAGAAGAAAGCUGUAAAUUAUGGAAUCAGUAAACUCACUCCAUUUAUUCAAGAUUCUGUUGGAUCAGCAAUGGACCAGUUAUCAACCAAAGUGAGACCGAAAAAGAAAUAUAAAACUGAUAGACCAGAAUUAGAUGGAAGAGGAAUAGAUAUUCACAAUGCUAUUCUCAAAGUAGCACCCAGUAAAGGUUUCGUUUUACCAGGACAUAAUUAUACUGGUCCUGGUAAUCCUCUUCAUAAUCAACUACGUCAUGAUGAUGAGGGAAAUAUAUUAGAAAUCUACCAACAACCAACAGGACCAACUGACGCGGUUAGUAUGCAACAUGAUGUGGAUUACACAGUUUGUGGAAAUAAACCAAAAAGUGAACAAGUAAAAUGUAAAAAUAAAGCUGAUAAAAAAAUGGUAAAAUCCCUGGAUGCAAUUCCUUUGAAAGAAAGACAAUGGGGCCAUGCUAUGGCUAGAACUAUGAUAAAUACAAAACAAAAACUUGGAAUGGGUUUAAACGCGAGUCGGCGUUGGGUAGUGAUUGGUCUCAACAAUUAGCCGACGAACUUCACAAACCAAUCACAAGAAACUUUCAAAAGAGAUCAGUAAUCUCAAACGGGAUUGAUGAUAUCUGGGCUGCUGAUUUAGUUGAAAUGCAAAAGUUUAGUAAAUGGAAUAAAGGGAUUAAAUAUCUUCUAAUGGUUAUAGAUGUGUUUAGCAAGUAUGGAUGGAUUAAGGGAUUGAAAGAUAAAAAAACUGAAACUGUCAGUAAAGCAUUUGAGGACAUAUUCAAAAGUAAACGUAAACCUCAAAUGUUAUGGACUGAUAAAGGUUCUGAGUUUAUAAGUAAACAUUUCAAAGAUUUUCUGAAAAGAGAGGGAAUUAAACUGUAUCACACUGAAAAUGAAGAGAAAUCUAGUAUUGUUGAGCGAUGGAAUAAAACAAUGAAAAACAGAAUGUGGAAGAUGUUUACUGUGAAUAACAACACUGUUUACUGGGAUAAGAUAGAUAAUCUGGUUAAUGACUACAAUAAUUCGAGACACUCUAGCAUUAAAAUGACUCCUGUUGAAGCUAGUAAAAAGAAAAAUGAAAAUAAAGUUUGGUCUAAUUUGUAUGGUGAUUUAAUUUACUUAAAACCUGGUAAAUCAAAUUUUGUGGUUGGUGAUCGUGUUAGAAUUUCUAAGUAUAAGAGGCGAGUAUUUGAUAAAGGUUACACACCAAACUGGACAGAGGAAAUAUUUGUAAUUGAUAAAGUUUUACCAACAAAACCUAUUACAUAUAGCAUUAUUGAUUUGAUGGGGGAAGAGAUUAAAGGUUCUUUUUACAAUCAAGAAUUACAGAAAGCAAAACAGCAGACAUUUAGAAUAGAAAAGAUAAUCAGGAGGGAUAAUAAAAAGAAAAUGGCAUUAGUAAAAUGGAGUGGUUAUCCUGAUAAAUUUAACUCAUGGGUGAGUUCUAAGGAUUUGGUUGAUUUUUAAUACAAUUAUUGUAUUAAAAAUAGAUAUUUACUCAUCUUCUUCUUUAUCAGAUAAAAUUAAGUCUUCAACUACUUGAUCAGUUAUCUCUUCAAUAUCGCUUUGCUCUUCAUCUUCCUCUUCAAUUGUUAGUAAAGACUCCCUAGGUUUUAAUGGUUUGAUAUAGCACUCAUGUACUUUUAUUUGUAAAGAUGUAACAGUCUUACUAAUAAAUAUUCCUUCAAUUAUUAGUGCCAUUUUAACAUUGCAGUAUUGAUUAAUAUAUUUGAAAGGAUUUAAAUCCUUCUUUCCUUUUGUUUUAAAUAGUGAAAGAAUUUUCUUUGAUUUCUCAGAGUAAAUAAGUUUUGCGUAAAGAACUGGCGCUGAUGAUUCAUCAACUUUUGUUCUCUUUUUUCCUUUCUUGUCUGUGUAUUCUAUUUGUUUAUAGUAAAAUGGUGAAGAUAGAGAUGAUGCUAAAUCUGGUCCAUAUUCAUUCUCUAAAUGUUGCUGAGAUAGAGUUGUUACAUUAUUAAUAACAUCAAAAAAUGCUUUUUCUUUAUUACUAGGUUCACUAUCUUUAGACCAAAGACAUACUGGAAUACUAUAACCAACUAAUUUACCUGUUUCUUGAUUUUUCUUUUCAUUAACACCAAAACUAAAAAGAACUGGAGAUUCAACUACAAGUGGUCCUUUUUUGUUAUUUGGAUAUUUGACUUCAAUUGGAAUACGUUUGUAUUUAAUCUUGCUAUCUUUGACUUUGUACUCUUUGGCUUCAUUAAAGAUAAUAUUCUCUUGGGUAAUAUUUUCGUAACUUGACAACUGCAUUUUAUUAAUAUUUAGAUAAUCUUUAAGCCAUAAAUCAAUUUUAUUUUUUGGGUUGAAUAAUCAAUUGUUUUUGCACCAAGUUUUUAGCAUUUCUGGUUAAUCUCUUAAACUCUGGUCCUUUAAGAAUAAUUUUUUCGUUUGGAACAUAAUCUGGAUCCUCUUCAUGUCUAUAACCAUCGUCAACUAUAAAAUCCAAAUCCUCUUUUGUAGGAGUAGUCUCUCUUGAUCUUGGUUCCAUUUUUAUUAGUUGGUUAUAUUAUUAAAAAAACCUCUAAUAAUAAAUAUAUUUAGUAAAGUAGUAAUCUUAUAACAAAAUAUGUUAGAAGAUUAAAAAGAUCAUUAAUCACUUUCACUUUCACUUUCACUUUCACUAUCAGGAAUACAACUAAAAAUAGGUUCUUCUUUUUUUAUUUUAUCAUUAAAUAAACUAACCAUUUUAAAAAGCUCUCUAAAACCUGGAAAGUCAAUAUCUAUAUUUAAAUCAUAAGAUUCCUCAUCAAACUCAUAACUAUCUCGAUCUACAUAUAAAUCUCUAUAAUUAUCCAGUUGUUCUUCUAAACAUUCUAUGUUAUUAGCAUCAAUAUAUUUAAAAUAAAAAUCACUAGUAUUUUGAAGUUUCCCAAUUUUUUGAGCCUCCAAAACAUUUUUAAAGUCUUUAAUAAGUGCUUUUGCUCUUGAAGACCAAAAAACUUUUUCAAAAGAAUCAGUAUUAUCUCCAAGAAAUUUCAUAAACUCACCACACUUCUUAUUAAUCCCUCUUAUGUAAAGCCAUUCAUUUUUGAAGUCUUUUGCAUAUUCAGGGAUUUUUGAGUGUUUUUGAGUUGAGCCAGAAAUAAAAACAGUGUGAGCGUGAAUACCCAUUUUCCUAUACUACUAUUGCUCGUAUCUCAGACGUCAUUUUGCGUUGGCGUCACGAGAUGUCAGCUGCUCUCUCAAGCUAUAUUAGCCUUUACCGACUUUUGUUUUGGCAUUUCUCUUUCAGAUCCCUGUGAGUAUAAUAACAUAGCGCACUCCAAUCUUGACAUUGUUCAAAAGCUGCUUCACAGGCUUAUCAAAUACCAGAAAAAUGCUCGUCCAUUGUGGUUCCCUGAUAGAGACCCGGGAGGGGAUCCAGCGUACCACACAGGAAGCAACAAAGGAUACUGGGCACCUUGGAUGGAGUCCGAAAACAAUGAAAAGAUUUUAAAGAAAGUUCUUGAUAAUAUUGCAGUAAUCAGUGGCAAAAGACAUCACAAGGAAUGCCCUCCGAUGGACAAUGUAACUGUAAUAGAAAAAGAGCAUAGCACUCAUGCAGAAUACGAUAAAGACGUGUAUUACAUGCUGAAGGGGAUUCUCCACCAGGCUAAAAAAGGGAAAAAGGGUUUGAUCCCUAAAAAGUUUAAUUUGUUAAUGAAAGAGUCAUUGGCAAUGUUGUAUAGCAAGAUGAAACACAAGACUAGAGCGGAUGAUUUGAUGCACAAGCUGCAACUGAUUAAAAAGGCUCAAGUUGCAAAUGGAGCAAAGAGGAAUGAUAUUGAAAACGUUGCUACAAGUGAGAAUAACUUUUCAGAAAAUGCGGAUGAAGAUGACAUGGAAAUGAAAAGUGUUUCGGGGGACGACGAGCGAGAAAUAGAAAAUGUGAAUACUUUGCAUAGUAGCUCGGACCUAGAGAGAAAAAAUAAUAUUAAAUCAGUGGAAUCAGUGGAUGGAAAUCACAGUAAGAUUGAAGGAGAGAGCAAUAUUGAAAAUGAAUCCUCAUACCAGUCAGAUAAUAUUUUCAAUGAAGUAUCUGCAGAGGCUAGCAGCAUUACUAAUGAUGUGGAUUAUGAAAAUCAACAAUUUUAG